AGGAAACGUAACAUCCACCCGAUUCACGUCUAAGCAGCGGAACGGAACAAUCAACAAGCUUAUUAGAGCGAAAGAAACGCCGUAUCUAAAUGAAGUACCGCGCUACUGUUGCAUUACAGAGCUAUAGCCAGAUGCGUUUAGAUGUUCAGCAUACAGACUCCAUGCUAGGGUGAAAUAAUCUGGUUCAAAUGGUUCUUGUUCUGGAAUUUAGCGUAGGACGCGUAGGAGCUCACUUGACAGCUGGAAUGUAACUGGGUUUCUUAUGAGCUGGCUAACACAGCUAGCUGCCUAUAGAGGUCUGUGAGUCUGAGGAUAAGAUGCAUUUCAUUACGAGCACACAGCAGAUGCAUGCUUAGGUGUAUAUAGAAGUAUGCUAGGAUGUUCAAAAAUGUGUUCGGAUCCGGAUUCCUGGUGAGGACCGCUCAUGUCAUAUUGACAUGGGUUAUAACGUUGAUUCUUUUCCUCCACGACACCGAUCUGCGCAAACAGGAGGAGACGGGGGAGCUCACACUGCCGGUUCUCUUUGUGCUGAUGGUCCUGGUGUCCGUGUUGCUGUACUUUGCGGUUUCACUUAUGGAUCCUGGUUUUGUCUUGUCUGAUGACUGUGACUUACAGUUCACACUUGGUAUUGCAGAAGAAACACAGGAUAUGAUUCCACACACUACCAAGUCCAUCCGGCUGCGGCGCUGUGGACACUGCCUGGUACAGCAACCCAUGAGAUCCAAACACUGCCAGACGUGUCAGCACUGUGUGCGGCGCUAUGAUCACCACUGCCCCUGGAUAGAGAACUGCGUCGGGGAGAGAAACCACCGCUGGUUUGUGCUUUAUCUGGCUGUCCAGCUUGUUGUCUUACUGUGGGGACUGUACAUGGCCUGGUCCGGCUUCAGUCACGCUUCCACCUGGCAGCUGUGGUUAAGGACCAACGGAGUGCUCUUGGGAGCAGCAGCGGUGGUGGCGGUCCUAUCCCUGACCGUACUUCUCCUCCUGGGCUCUCACCUGUACCUGGUGUCCCUAAAUACCACUACAUGGGAGUUCAUGUCUCGACACAGAAUCUCUUACCUCAAGCACUGCGGAGUAGACGAAAACCCUUUUGACCGUGGAACCCUGCGCAAUCUCUGGGGCUUCUUCUGCGUUUGGGAACCAGUGGUUUGGGAGCAUGUGUAUUUCAAGCAAGGCAACGAUCCCAUUUAAUUCCCUGGGAGUCAUGACUGCUGCCGUGACAAAUAACCCAUUAAAUGGAAGUUGAUGUUUUGGUGGAAAUCACUCCAAACUGCAUCUGCUACUACAUCUUAUCUACUUCUUCCUUGUGAAUGACCCAUUCCAUUUUGAAAGUGAUUCUUUCUUUAAUGCAUGAACUUGUUAUCAAAUAGGUUGGAUUGAAGACCAUUUCUAUUAAAUAGUUUUGUGAAUACUUUGCCCAGGUAAUACUUUGACAAUUCGUCUGUGCUGAUUUGGGACAUUUUAUUAGCGAACGCAGAACAAAAAGCACAAAAUCACAACAGCUGGAGCUGUAUUGUGGUUUCCCAUUAAUGCAAUAUGAGAUUAAUUACAAUUUUAUAUGCUUAUUUUUAUCUCGGCUCUGCUCAAAUCAUCUCUUUCAUGGUACUAACAAGCUGUCGGACAAAAGUAACUUAACUAGACAGUCUGUCAGCUGAUUUUAUAGCAGCAGCCAAUGUUGUAUUACAUCAGCAACGAUUUUUUGAGCAAUUAUUGAACUUGUGAAAUACAGUCAGUUGUAUAUACACAUUUUUACAUGGGUUUUUUUGGAGGGGGGGGGGUUGACCCCAUUUAAGAUCAAUUUUUAGAGUAGACAGGGUAAUAAGUUUAUAUUAAAUUUCCUAUAGCACUUUAUCAGUGGUGAAAUUACAAUAUGCUUGUAAUGUGAUGUUAUCAUAUUAAUUGUUAUGGUUUAUCUUGACAAUCUAUACAUUAAACAUGAGAAAUUAACAUAUUAGAAGACAAAUUUAGAAUGCAAACAUAAUCAGCGCAGUACUGUUCAACAUUUUUCCUGCAAAACAUUAUUUUUAUAUAAACAGGGUAUUUCUUAUUACACUUCAGCUUAAAGAGAGGAAUAUGUAAGUGAACGUGAUACUCCUUUGACUGUUAAAUUCUGGGCCAGUAAUAUGUUUGGUGUAAUAAUGAAUUGUCUUCUUCAACAAACAUUAGUUAGAAAUGUAUCUGCAUAAUAUAGAGGCAUAAAAAGCAAUAAUUGUUUUUUCUUUGACUUGAUUUCAGUUUCUUUAAAAUAUUACUUUUGCAUUCGAGUGUUUUUAACUACACAUUAUGCUGAGAUUUCAUGAAUGAUUUGUGCCGUUUUGAUCAAAUUUAUGCAAUUUUUGUUCCUCUGUGAUAUUUUGAAACGUCAAUAUUCAAUAAACUGAACAACAUGA